GAAGAAGUAUUUCAUUUAUAUACGUAGUACUCCCUCCGUCCCCCUGUAUUUGUCCACUUUCAUUUUUACACACCAUCCAAUGCACUUCUUUAAUCCAUUUUAUCUUGUAAUUUGUAUAUUAAAAAAUUAUAGAAAUUAUAUAUUAAUAAUCUAUAUGUUAAGACAAAUCAAACAAGAUCACACAUGACUAUAUUUAGGCUUACACAUUGAGAGAAUUUGAUGAGUCAAAGAUAUCGGGUCUGAUGGACCCGACUCCAGGCCCAAUAAAGGCCCAUAAUAGCGCGAGAUGGAUAAGGCCAGCUCUCCCUGGUCCCUCUGGUACCCGGGAUGUCGCUGCCGGGCAACCACGCCGGGUCCUGCGAGUUCUCCCAUCCUCCAGGAGCUUCAUGAUCCGGAGAAGGUCGAGAGGGAGAGACAGGCCAUCGAUAGACGCCGGGCGGAGGAGUUGGCUCGGAAUAGUAAGGUGAAUGGGAAUUGGGCCAGGGCGGCGAGCCAAGUCAUUGGCAACAGAAACGAAAACCCGCGGGGAACAGUCUUUGAAAGGAUAUCUCGCCAGAAGGCUCACGUUAGUGAGAGGCUGGGGAAGAAUCCGGACAAAGCGCCCCAGGGUUGGAUGCGGCUCAUGCUUGGAUUUACUUUUGGCUCUACAUUAGCUGCGGACGAGGUAUACCCUUACAAACUGGGUGAUUACAUUGUUAUCGCCGACAAGAAGUUAGCUGCGGACGAGGUAUACCCUUACAAACUGGGUGAUUACAUUGUUAUCGCCGACAAGAAGGAUGAUUUGCCCCAGUCGAGCGGCUCUGCAUUCAUUGCAGAAGCAAGGGGCAGCCAAGUGGCAUCUUCUAACCGCGAACCCCGACAGCGAAUCGGCCACGGUGGGAGCCAAGCGCCGCGACGACAAACAGUUGAUAGCAAGGUUUCGGAUUGGGUGAAUCACAUUCCUGUCGGAUUGAUCCGGACAUGGGAUGAAUUGGGAUUGCGGUUCUUAGAGCAUUUUGCAGGGAACUGCCGUCCCAAGAAGCAUUUUACUCACCUGGCUUCAGUGCGGCAGAAGCACGGAGAAUCCUUGAAGAAUUUCCUUAUUCGGUGGAGAAAAGAGUCCAGGGAGGUUGAAGGAACCGACGACAAAUCCAGGUUGGCCAUGUUCACGGCGGCAUUACAAGAUGGUCUCCUUCAUACUGAUCUCACAACCCAUCCCCCUGAUACCUUUGAAGAAGCAAUGGUCCGGGCCGGAAGGUAUGUGACCCUGGAGGAGAGGAAGGAGGAGAAGAAAGAGAAGACUCCCAAAGAAGAAGAAAAGGCAGGAAAUAAGAAGCCUUUAAAGAACAAGAAGCAGAGCUUCCCGGAUGGCCCAAAGGGCACAAGCCCUGGGACCUCGGAGAAGCACAAAUCUGCCAAUCCAGUCUUCACGUUGCCGGUGGCUGAGGUCAUGGCUCAUGCUGCACAACAGGGACUUAUGACUUAUCUGACCUAUUCCCAGAAGGUCUGCAAUGUGGAGGACACUGGAAAAUGGUGUGCCUACCAUCGCAAGAAUGAUCACAACAUAGAGGAUUGCUAUACCCUAAAGAAUGAGAUGGCGAGGCUAAUCCGUCGGGGCCAUCUGAAGAAGUUUGUACAAGAUGGUGACGCGGGAAAUCCCGGGAACGCUCAGAAUGGGAAGCGUAGGGAUAAGGAGGUGGCCCAGGCUGAGGCCCGGGAAAAACGCCACAUCGGGCUUGAAGAUGAAGAGGAGGAUUCAGAGCCCGCACCGCCAGAAGAGACACCACGGGUGUAACUUCAUCAUCGGAGGGAAUACAAGCGGAGACUCGGCCAUGAGCCGGAAGAAGUGGGCCAACGCGGCGAUGGUCAAUAAGGUGCUGGUCCCAGA